AUGGAGGAACUCACCGAAGAGGAGCACAAGUCUAACCUGGUUGCCGAGGAGCACUUCAAGGUGCGGUUCUUGAAGGGCUUCAAGAAGAAUCGGGGUGGCUUCGUCAAGAGGGUUGAAGAAUUCGUCAUGCCAUCCUUCAAGCUGAGUAAUAAUCAGAUUGAAGAGAUCCCCAAUCUCAUCGGCUACGCCAACGCCUGCAUCAGAUACACGCUUAGGAUCAGUGCAAAAUCUGUCCCCAGCAACAUAUCGUUGCCAUCUUCCAUUCAUCAACUGAUGCUGCUAAGGUACCUCGAUGCCUCGGGCUUGCCAAUUACAUCACUUCCGAAAUCCUUGCAUAAACUUCAGAAUAUGCAGACACUAAUUCUGUCUAACUGCGCACUUGAAACCUUGCCUAAUAAUAUUGGUAGCCUUCUUAACCUUUGUUAUUUGGACCUAUCUGGCAAUAGCAGCCUCAAUAAGUUACCCGUGUCAUUUGGGGAGCUCUCUGCACUCUGGUUCCUCAACCUAUCAGCAUGCUCUAAAUUUUAUGAGCUACCUGAGUCAAUUGGCAAUCUUAUUUCUUUACGUCAUCUAGACAUGUCAGGCUGUAAUGUGCUCCAAAAGCUCCCUGACAAGUUCGGUACCCUUCCUAACCUCUUGCUCCUAAACUUGUCCAGCUGUUCGAAACUAGUUAAACAGCCUGACAGUAUUAACAUCAAGUCUUUAGAGCAUCUAAACCUAUCAAGUUGCCACCAACUACAAGGCCUACCAAACAAUUUUGGCAAUCUUGAAAAUCUCAUGUUCUUAAACCUCUCUGACUACUACAAUGCACAUAUGUUACCAGAGUCCUUUUGCCGACUUAAGCAUCUAAAAGACCUAGAUCUUUCAGACUAUCAUGAUCUAAAAGAGAUCCCUAAAUGCUUUGGUAAUCUUUCUGAGCUUCAUUCUCUGAAUCUAACAAGCUGUUCUAAGCUGCAAUCAUUGCCCGAGUCAUUUGGUGGUAUGUCAAAGUUGAAGCGCCUUGAUUUGUCAUAUUGUAUAAGGCUUGAAAAUCUGCCAUCGUCAUUUCAUAGCUUGAAGCUUCAAGUACUGUACAUGUUGAAUCUCCAUGAGUUGCCAGAGGGUAUUAGCAACAUGACUAGUCUCAUCAAGUUUGAAGUCCACUCAGUAAAGGGGUGGGAUAUAGAUUUCUUUGGAACUCCUUCCAUUUUGAGGCUGCCUUACAGGGUAGUAGAACGUAGUGUACAUGAAGUGCACGAGGUGGGUUAUUGGCCACAUAGCAGUAUAGUGAGCAUUGGGAAAUUGGCUUGUCAACACCUACGGAUUAAUCACCUUGAGAAAGUCAAGCAUUCGGAAGAUGUGGAGAGAGCUAAACUGAGAGAUAAUGCUGACCUCCAGAAGCUAUGCCUUUCCUGGGGCCAUGAAGAUAUGACAGAGAACAAGAGAGAUGCAGAGGUGUUGGAGAACCUUAUUCCUCCUCGGACUCUAGAAGGAUUCACACUAAGAGGUUACAUGGGCACAAACUUGCCUAAAUGGAUGCUUGAGAUCUCCUCCUAUCUUCCGUAUCUCACCAGUAUCAAACUCAUGAAUUUAGCAUGUGAUGUUGUUCCUCAACUUGGGAUGCUGCCCAAUCUCAGGCUGUUGCUUAUCAUCCUAAUUCCCAACAUCACGAAGAUCAGAAAGGAAUUCUAUGGAGAGAAAGGAGCAUGCAAAAGGUUGCGAGUUAUUCAAUUAUACGGAUUGAAGAACAUGGAGGAGUGCUGGACAACACGGUCAGGUGAAGAAGGUGAUGAUUUCUUAAUCCCUAAUUUGCACAUGUUGGAUAUAUGGGACUGCCCAAAGUUGAAGUUCCUAUCGUAUCCCCCCAAAAGUAUGUAUUGGGACUUGACUGACGGCGAUGAGGUGCUACCACCAAUGCAUGAGUUUGGGAGGCUUUCAUCUUCCACUCUUCCUUUUGAAGCCAAAAUCAGAAGCAAAAGUUUUACUACUGACAAGUGGGAUCGACUUCAGCACCUUGCCACCCUCGAGGAAUUGAGUGUCACUAGUUUCCACAGCUCAUUAGCCUCCUUCCCAGAGGCCACUCCAUGUUUCCCCUCUCUCAAAAGACUACAUUUGAUGCUACCCAGCCUAGAGAUACUGCCGGAAAGGCUGGGGCAGCUCAUUACCCUUGAAAAAAUAAUCAUCAGGGGCUCGCCCAACCUGACAUCUUUGCCUCAAAGCAUACGGAACCUUACCGCCUUGAAGAGACUGGAAAUUGGGAGCUGA